AUCACUCUCUCCAUUAUAUAGAUAGCCAUGUUAGUUAAUAGUCUAAAUAAAUAUUUAGUUAUUCGCAAAAACUUUAUACCAAUAGAAAAAAUUCAAUUUAUUCAUUUUUUUUCAGGGUUUGGUGUAUGGAAUCUCAUAUAUUAUGUACUGGAAAGUCUUGAAAGUUGUGAAAUUUGUGUGAUUUGACGAAAAAAAGUAAAAAUUUGCUGAUUAAUUUAUAUCAUUGAAGAAGAGCAGUGAAGUGAAAAUGAUCAGUUUGGUACAUUAAUACAGGAUCUUAAUACAUUUUAAACAAGAAACCAGACUGUAUGGUGAAAUAAAAAUUCCUGGAAAUUCAGCUUGAAGAUAUAGAAAAUUAUUAUAAGAACUGUGGAUUCUGUAAGUCAUACUAUAAUGGAAUAAUACUAGAUGUAUAGUGUUGCUAUGCAACAAUUCAAAAGAGAUUUCUCUGUUACCAGCCUGUAUUUAUGGGGAACCAGUUGGCAAUGACUUCUUCAAGCCAGGUGCUAGUAACUGUGUGGAAUAAACCAUGGCAACAAGUAAACACUUUCCGCUUCAGAAGUUCACCAAUCACACUGAAAAUGAAGACUAUAAUCUCAAUGAAACACCCUACAACUCAGUGAGCUCAUUUAAGAGUUACCAUAACAACCAGAAUAGAACCUCUGUCACUUCUGCUCCACCAUACAUUAAUGUGUUUGAAGUUACUAAUGGCACAUCAGAUCAGCCAUACAAAGAUGUUAAAGGUGACAUUAAAGAGAUUUCUGUUGAAGACAAUGCACGUGUUGAAGAACCUUACAUAGAUAAUACAGUAGUUUCUGCAUACAAAGGAACUAAACCACCCAUACCUGCUCAUAAACCCCGAGUUCUAAGAAUAAAAAAUUCAAAGUCCCGCCAAAAUACUGCAAAUGUUAACAAAAACAAGCCAAUAACUAAUGAAAAUCCAGAAUCCAAAAAGUUUGGUGUUGAAAAUUUACAAUCAAUAAGUCAACAGCUUCAAGAUGGGAAUAAAGAACUUAGGCGACAUAGGAACUCAAAAGAACUUUCGCAAGCAAGUAUUGCGAAAUUCUCAAAUAAUAUCCAAGAAAAUUCAGAUGAAAGUAUUAAUGACCUAAGUGCGUCAUUAAGGGAAGAUUCUGGUGUUGCGUCACCAGAUUCACAGAACGAGCAUGAAAAUGGUCGCCAUAGUUCCAUGUCUAGAAGAAAAUUACCAAAAGUACCAGUACAUAUGGCUCAAUCUAAAAUAAUGCCAAGUUUGAAAACUGAUAGUGAAAAAGAGUUGAAGGCAGUUCCAAAUUGCAGAGCUGUAGUGCCGAAGUUAAACCAUGUUGUAAGUGAACAAGAAAAUUAUGAGAAUGUUGAAAGAAAGAAAGCAGUACAGUCUGAAAAUGAAUUGGUAGCAGAGUCUGCAAAUGUUACACACAAAUUGACAGGUAUGGACCCUGAAAAAGAUUCCGGUAUUCCUUUACCAAGGGUCAUGAAAAGGUUUAAGAAAGGGAGAGUUAGAGACAAAAACAGGUCCCUGUCUGUUGGGGAUCAAACUAAAGAAAUUGCUGAAAGAGCUAAUAGAAUGAUGGCAGGUACAGGAGAUGUUGUAGGUAGAAUUGAUGUUGAUGUGAAUAUUUUAGAAAGGAAUAAACUUAAACCAAGUGCCAAUGAAGGAUUUAUUAAGUCAGUUAACACUAGUCAACAAGGAUUUAGCAAUCAUUCCUCUGAACAUGAUAGUGAGAUUAAAGCAGAUAUCAAAAGUGUGAAGUUGACAGAAAAUAGUGCUAACAGUAUUGAGACUUCUGUUGAAGUGUGCCAUAAGCAUUCAAAUAAUAAUUGUGAUCAGGAAGAAGAGAAUGCUUUGUUCCUGCAGAAUAAACUUGAAAAUGGUUCAAGGCAUUUAUGUAAUGAUAAGACUGAAGAUGAUAAUGUAAUUGGUAGUGAUCAUGAUGAUUAUAGUGUUGUUGAGACAUUGAAUAACUUAGCCAACACUGUAUCACCAGAACAACUACCUGGAAAUACGUUCUUUUCAUUUGACCAUGAGGUGAUACAACAAUUAACUGAUAGUAUUAUGGAAAAGACAGAUGAAGUGGGUGAUACAUCUGGUGAUAAGUUUGAAACUAGUAAACAUCUUGAAGCAGGUAUAGCUGAUGAUGAUAGCAAUUUAAUUAAUGAUAAUUUAUCUAAUAAAAACUGUGAUAGAACUACCUCCAGUAAAAAUAAACUUGGUAUUGAAGGGAAAUCAGUUAAUGAGAAAAAAGUAGAUGAAAUUGAUACAAAUCAUGAAUCAAAAAGUAAUAUUAGUGUUAAUUUAAGGCAAGAUGAAAAUUCUGAUAAAAGUGAUAAUAUAAACAAAGAAAAUAUAGUUUGCAGUGCAAGAUCUCAGAAAAAGGUGGAAAGGUCUCCAUCUUAUCGAAAGAAAGUAAUGGCAAGAGCUAAAAGUAGGCACAAGAAAAGUUCAAUGUUAAAGGAAUGUUCUUGUACAAGAAACGAAAAGGGAGAUAUUGUAACUUGCCAAUUUUGUGAAAACUAUGAGAACCGUAAAAGAAGAAGUCGAUCUAGUCUUGGAUUAGAAAGCGUUGGAAUAAAUAAAGAGCUGUCAGAGUUAAGUGAGGGUGAAAGUAGUGAUAUAUCUUCAUACAGCGACCUUUCAAAUAGAAGACGUGCAUUUUCACCAGGAUUACCUCCCUUACCAUCCAGUAAAAGUCCUCGCCCUUUGAGAAAAUUACAGGUUUCUUCAAGGGUAGAUGUACUCAUGAGCUCUGAGUUAUUUAAAAAGCAUUUACAAAAACAUGAGAAUCUACUGCACAAACAUACUGUUUUAAGACGAGCCGGUAUGAGGAAAUCCGUCUCAAAUCUGGAUUUAUCUGAAGGUUAUAUUAUAGAUUCAGACAGUCAAUGUGACACAGAAAGUGUUACAAGUGAAGCUACAUUUGAAACUGAUACAAGUGCCAAAGAUGAUCUUGUUUCUCAGUCAAGUGCCAAAGACGAAUUUCUUUCUCAAUCACCGGACAUGAGUGUCUUCACAAAUAAGAAUUCAAGAAGACAUUCUUUAACAGGUGAUUCUGAUUCACCUGCAGAAACUUUGCAGAAAAGUAAAAGGAAACAUUCAAGAACUCUGCCUACCACUGUAGGACGUUCAAGGAUGCCUAUACCAUCUUUUACGCAACCAAAUUUUAGUGGAUCAAAAUCCAGACCAAAUAUUCCAACUUUCAAGGAAUUUAAAGUCAUGAAAGAAUUAAGUAAGUCAACUGAGGCCCUAAAUAUAUCUGAAAAUGAAAGUCCACAGACAGGACAGAUUAGGGCAAAGGCAUUUAGUGAUUCAAGUUUUGAUCAUGUAACAUGUAGGAAUGAUAUAGAAAAGGUUGACAACGAAAGUGAAAGAGUAUUUGAGAUGAGAAAUGAAUAUGUUGAAAAAAGUAAAACUGAGGAACUUAUUCCUGUACAAUUAGAAGUGAUUAAAGAGAGUCACAGCAAGGAAAAUUUAUUAACUUUAAUUCCAACCACAGAUGUGGAGGCACCUAAUCAUGGCAGUACUCAAAUAAAUGUAAGUGUUGAAAAUAAUAGUCUAAGUGAACAAAAAGACAAGAUUAUAGGUAAAGCUGCUCAAGAAAUACAUGAAAAGCGCAGUGAUUUUAUUGAACCAGUAGUAGGAAAUAGUAACAAAUUUAUUGAAGAGAAUCAGAAAAAAAUAGAUUAUCAUAAGGCGCUUACUAAACAGCAAAGCACACCGGAAAUGAAUUCUCAAAAACACCGUGUCCGACCGAAACUAAAAUCUAGAACAAUGUCAAGGUUAGAUAUUGAUUCGGAUGGGUUAUCAGAUACUGCAAGUGGGCCUGAUUCUGUAGCAUUUAGGGAACGUAGAAAACCAGGUGCUAAAAGACCGAGAUCUUUGAUAUCAAAGAAAUCUAGUCUGUCAUCGUUGAUUCAAGAAGCCGAAAAAGCCCAAUAUUUUGAAGAUGCUGAUAGUAAUAGUGACAAAUCCAUCAGAGCGAGGCCAAAGUUGAAGGCUGGACAUGUUGUGAAUAGGUCUAAGUCUGAUUCUAAAUAUGAAAUAGAGAAAGGCAGAGAAAGUGAGUCAGACUCCAGAAAUGACAGUAGUUUGAUGCUUGAAAAGGGAAAGAACACUGUUUGUUUUGAUUUAGAUGAUAGGAGCCAGUGCUCUCCCUUUGAUAUAGGAGAGUCAGAGACAUCUACCUCAAUGAUAGAGAGCUUGUCAGGCUUGUCAGAUAGUGUAAGAUCUGAGGUUAAUGCAGAAGAUAAUUUACAGCUUUUCAAUGAUCAAGAUGACACUGGGAAGCUUCUCCAUGAUCCAGAUGAUUUUGCAGCAGAAGACACCUCCAUUUUGGAACCACUGAAAGAUGAACUUGUGUCACAAGUUUUGCGGUCAACCUCAGAUGCAUGUGAAACUACCCAGGAGGCUGCCCGAAAAAGGAGAGAUAGAAAAGAAAGGCCAUAUAAGAGUGACCCAUUCUCCGGCACUGAGAUUAUACCAGCAUCAAAAAGAUGUGUACUGAGAGAAGAGAAAGCAAAGCUACGGCAGCACAUGGAUUUUGCGAACUCCUCGAAGGAGGAGAUUUUAACCUUCCUGGAUGGUGUUAGUCAUGGAGAUUUAGCAAGUUGUGACAGUGUCCCCAGUCUGGAAGAGCUGAAUGAAGAUGAUGAACAGUUACGGAGACUUUCUAUGGGCGUUGUCGAACCAUCGAGGAAAAUACGCAAACAUCUCAGUAAUGUAAGCUCUCUAAGUACCGACAGUGGUGUGAUUGGUCAAGAUGGAUCACAUGACUCCCAGCAGAGCAGCCCUACCAAUACCUUGUCACAUUCCGAGAAGACCAUGUCGUCAUGGCAACCGUCUACCAAGCAAAGGUCAAUGAGUUCAAGUUGUUCGGAUGUCUUCAAACAGAGUUUGGAUUGUGUUGAUUGUGGGCCGCAGGAUAUGGUUGACAUAGUUCGAUCACAAGUGUGUCCGCAGUGUUUGAGUCGUAGACGUGAACGAAGGGAGACAAUACAGGAAAUCAUUGAUACAGAGAUGAAUUAUGGGAGAGAUUUAAACAUCCUUAAAGAGGAGUUUUAUAAGCCAAUAAUAAAAGCCGGUUUGCUCAGUAAAGAACAGUUAGAUGCCAUAUUUCUCAACUUGGAUGAAUUACUACAUGUUAACAAAUAUUUCAUCACAAAAUUAAAGUCAGCAGUCCAUAUGGCCACACAGAAUAAUGACCUUGAAUUAGCAGAUGUGAUGAUUGGUUCCAUGUUUCUAGAAUCAUCAACAAUGUUUCUAACUUUUGAAAACUAUUGUGUUAAUCAGGCUCAAGCUCCGGUCUUGUUAGAACAACUGGAGAAGGAGAAAGAAUUGUUACGUAUAUUUCUUCAAGUUUCGCAGAAUGACAAUCAUCAGUUACGACGCAUGCACCUCAAGUCUUUUCUAAUGGUUCCGGUGCAGAGAAUCAUGAAAUACCCAUUACUGUUAGAUAGACUCCAUAAAACGACACCUUCGAGUCAUUUGGACAAAAAUUCCUUAAAAGAGGCGAAGGAUAAAAUUGAAGAUAUUCUCGGACAUAUAAAUGCAAAAUCAAGAACAGUGAGUUUCCGACAACGAAAGCCUUCCCAGAAGUCUAGUCAGCAUUGUAGUGUAACGGAGAAGAUCGAGGUAUCGCGGGUUGCCUUGGAAACGUUACAGUGGAACCGUAAAGAUGUCUGUGAUGUGAUUACUAGUCAGUUACAAAUAACACAACCUGUCGACCAUUUAUGGGCGGCGAAAAAAUGCAAAAACUACAAGUUUACGACCGUUUAUGGAGUUCUUCUCACCCUUAUGCAGCAGCCAAAUGAAAGAGGAAAUGACAACGAUAUUAAUAAUAUGAGAAACAACAAUAACAACAACAAUAACAACAAUAUGGAAAACACAAACUCUCGUGUAAAGAGUGCAGCUGUUGUCUUCAUCAAGGAAAAAAGUGGACGUUACCAGGUGUCUAGAGAACCCUUCAUGCUUGAAAAGUGUGUCGUAAGUCAAGACCCAGACUACCACGACGUUUUUGAGAUAUUAGAGUGGAGUAAAGAAGCUUUUCUAAUUAAGGCUGACUCACCUCAAGAAACGAAACUUUGGGUUCAGAAUCUUCGACAACAAAUGAACAAUCUGGGUGUUUGGAGAAAACGAAGAAAUGCAUUACCAAACAUUUUGUUAAACCACCAUUCAUGAGUUGUGUACUUUUACCAUGCGCGUGUGUGUGAACGAGAAAAUAGACGCUGGAAGCCAUUCAUAUGUGAGUGUUUGCAAUGACAACGACACCUGAAUCUGUGGAGAACAAUCGGGGAAGAAGUCAUACAAAUGAUUGAAGUAAACAUGUUUUUUGUUUUAAUCAUACAGAUUUUCUUACUUCCAUGAUUUGGAGAAUGAUCUCACAAAGUUGCCUGAAGAAUAAUGAAAUAUUUUGUCAUACUUAGAGCAAAGGGGAAAAAUGAGAUUAUAACUUGAUUUAUUAUUCUUUACAAGUCACGAAGUGACAAAUAUUGAAAACAGUUUUGACACGAAUCAGAUAUUUUGAAUUACAUAACAAUUCUUGUGACCUUAUCAUAAACAUAUACAAUAUUUGCUUUUGAUUAAAUUAUUUUGCAACAGAAACAUUGGGAUGGGUUCUCCCCUUAUUUUUUGGCACCAGGUCAGAUUUUUCAUUGCACCAUUCUCUCCUUGGAAUUGAUUAGACUUAGUGCAAAUACAUGGUAAUGGACAUUAUGCAGACAGUACUUGAAAAACAGCAGAUAAUUUGGCACAAAUGCAGAAUGUUUUUUUUCCUUGCAUGUUAAUAUCAAUCAA